AUGCUGCCCGCAACAUCGGAAUCGGCUGCCGUUGCAAAUCAGCUGCCAAACUUGCAGCAGCACACUCCACCCCCAGAUAACUACGGCCAAAUCAAGCCCUGUUCCCAUUUAAGGUCCGUGCUUGAAACCAAAGCAUACCAAACAGUCUUGAAUACUUAUCAGCAGGCGGUGGCCAUUUCGAUCGCGAUCAAUCCUCUGCUUUCAUCGCAUUUGGUGUACCAACUGAAAAAAGAUGGACUGAAGGUAUCUCAUAGCCGUUUGGACGAGUUCAAAGCUAAAGCGCUUCGAUGUUCACUGUGUGACACUUCCAAUUUUUACCUGGUGUUUGUUUGUCUCCAGUGUCCACAUGUAGGCUGUUACAAGAAACACGGAAUGCAACAUGCGAAGGAAAGUGGACAUAUGUUUGCUAUCGAUUCGCACAACGGGCUUCUCUUUUGCUUUUCUUGUGGAAAUUAUACUAAUCAUUCGGAUUUAAACCGGAUUCGACUUUCUUGUGUGGCUGCAUGUCUUGGCUCCCCUAAUGGUAAAACAGGCAUCACUUUCGGAAAUGGUACUGAAAAUGAUACCAGUUUCGAUGUGGAUUCUAAUAUUGAUGGAUACACGCGUCCACUGGGCAGCGCCAUCCAGGGGUUGAAGGGCAUUGUCAACAUGGGAUCCACAUGCUUCAUGAGUUGCAUUCUACAAACGAUGUUACAUAACCCAUUGGUCCGGUACCAGUUCUUUAACAACGACUUGCAUUUUUUCAAUUGUCCCUCUCAGCCUCACUACAAUGGUGCCGAUGAGAUGAUCGACGAGAAUUCGGCAUGUAUUACUUGUCUGAUUGACUCAGCAUUCAAAGACUUCUACACCACCCCAACUGCGGAGGGAUACGGCCUCACAAAUUUGCUUACAACCGCAUGGUAUAAAAACCGCCUGCUCGCUGGAUUCCAGGAGCAGGAUGCACAUGAGUUUUGGCAGUUCCUUUUGAACGAGUUUCAUAGCGACCAUGAGCGAGUCGCAGAAUUGGCCGAUAUUCUGCUGCUGCCAUGUCGCUGCAUAAUGCAUUCGAUCUUUCUGGGGGAGCUCGAAAGUUCUAUAGCUUGCAACAGCUGUGGCAAUGUCACCAAGACGGUGGAUCCUUUGGUGGACUUGCCGCUCGAGAUUAAUCAUUUGAACGAGAAUCCAUCUUUGUAUGAUUGCUUGGAUCAGUUCACUCAUAACGAACUUCUUGAUGUGAACUAUAGGUGUAGUCUGUGCGGAAAGGAGUCAAAGGCUCAUAAAUCUCUUCGCAUCAAGAAACUCAGUCCCGUUCUCAGUAUCCAACUCAAAAGAUUCAAACACAACAUGCUUCUGGACAAAGCAUCGAAAAUUGAGACGAAAGUUGACAUACCCCUUUUCUUGAAUUUGACUAAAUAUGCUUCUGAUUGGGACGAGACAACAGCCCCCGAUGCCAUAGACACCAACAAAGUAUAUGAGCUCUUUGCAAUGGUGCACCACCAGGGUCUGGUGAAUACGGGUCAUUACGUGGCUCUCGUGAAGAAUAGCUCUGGUCAGUGGUUUAAAUUUGACGACAGUGUCGUUUCUUACGCAUCUCAAGAGGAGGUCAAGAGCACAAACGCCUACCUUCUCUUCUACAUUUCACAUACCAUAUAG